AUGCUGGGAUACUGGUGCAUCUCACUGGUGUGCUGGGAUUUGUGUGAGCCUCUGCUUCCAGCAGGUGCCAAGAAGCCCAUGGAGCGGGUUGGCACCAAGCCAGCUGUGCUGCCAAAGGUCACCAUUGUCAUUAAGGAGCAGACAGGGCUCACACCCGCUCAGUGUUUGCCACCUCUCCUGACUUGCUGCCUGCUGAGGGACCUCCCUGUCACCUUUCCAGAGCUCCGUCUCACCAAUGGUCCCAGCCGCUGCCAGGGCCGAGUGGAAAUCCUCUACAAUGGCUCCUGGGGGACAGUCUGUGACGAUGACUGGGACAUCGUGGAUGCCAACGUGGUGUGUCGCCAGCUGGGCUGUGGCCGUGCCAUUGCCCUCCCAGCUGCCAUGACCUUCGGCCAAGGGACUGGACCCAUCUUCCUGGACAACGUGGAUUGCAAAGGCUGGGAAGCAGCCUUGAGCGAGUGUUGGAGCCACGGCUGGGGCAUCCACAACUGCUACCACUAUGAGGAUGUGGCUGUGGUGUGCCAUGAGUUCUCUCCCACACAAGGCAGUGAAGGACCGACCAGCAGGACCCUCACGGCCUCGCUCCAGCCCUUCUCACCAGGUGCUGCCACCCCCCCAGGUGAUGGCACCAUCCGGCUGGUGAGUGGGGCAGACACCUGCCAGGGCCGGGUGGAAAUCUUCUACCGUGGGAGCUGGGGCACAGUCUGUGAUGAUGAUUGGGGGCUGAGUGAUGCCAGCGUGGUGUGCAAGCAAGUGGGCUGUGGCCAGGCCCUGGACUACAAGAGCAAUGCCUACUUUGGCUAUGGCACGGGACGUAUCCUCCUGGAUAAUGUCAACUGUGAUGGCACUGAGCCUUUCCUCUCUGCCUGCUACAGCCUGGGCUGGGGAAUCCAUAACUGUGGCCACCACGAGGAUGCUGGGGUCAUCUGCACAGGGCUGGACACAUCCACCAGCACGUCCUUCACCACCUCGGUGACCCUGGACUACCCAGAGACACUGACUGCCACGGCCACAGUGACAGAUGGUGGGGACCAGCCCUCCCAGGCCACCGAGGUGGUCACCACCACGCUCCUCACCAUCGAGCAGGAAAGUGCCGGUGUGCGUUUGGCGAACGGGAACGGGAGCUGCCGCGGGCGGGUUGAGGUUCGGCACGGCGGGCUCUGGGGCACCGUUUGCGACGACGAUUGGGACUUCCUCGACGCCCAGGUGGUGUGUCGGCAGCUGGGCUGCGGCCAAGCCUUGGCUGCCACCGUCCUGGGAUCCUUCGGCUACGGCAGCGGCCCCGUCCUGCUGGAUAACGUGGGCUGCGGAGGGGGGGAGGCUCGGCUGGAAGAUUGCUUCCACCUGGGCUGGGGACAGCACAACUGCGGCCACCACGAGGAUGCCGGGGUCAUCUGUCGAGGGCCCAGUGAGCAUUUCCAAGAAGCCACUGCUAAAACCACCACGUCAGCCCUGACCCGACCCAAGGAUGGGUCCCUGCGGCUGGUGAACGGCAGCCACCGGUGCGAGGGGCGGGUGGAGAUUUUCUUCCUGUCCCAGUGGGGGACAGUGUGUGACGAUGCCUGGGACCUGAGGGACGCCAAGGUGGUGUGCAGGCAGCUGGGCUGUGGGCACGCAGUGGCAGCCUGGGGGGAAGCACACUACGGCCAGGGGACAGGCUACAUCUUCCUUGACAACCUCAAGUGCAAGGGCCAUGAACCCUCGCUCCUGCGCUGCUCCCACAUCCGCUGGGACGUCCACAACUGUGACCACUCCGAGGAUGCUGGGGCCACCUGCCUCAUCCUAUGA